AGCUGGGUUUGUCAUGCUUAUAUCAUUUUCAUUUUUUUUUUGAUCUGUAUGAAUGAUUAGAGAUUGUUGAUCUUAGGAAGUACUUUGUACGAACUAUUGUCAUUGAAGUUGAUCCUUUAGGUUCGGAUGAGGAUUUAUCCACGAGAGCUUUGUGAGCAAUUGGAGAGAAGCGAAGAGGUGGCGACGUUUUUUUAUUGGAAAUGGAAGGGAAGGGAGGAGACUGUGAACUGGGUCUAAGAGGAAUUGAGGGUUUUCAGAGGACCUGUGAAGACGGGGACCUGAAGGAGAGGGGGAUUGUGGGAGGGACGGGAGUUGGAUUGCGACGGAGGUUAUUGUGAGGAGGAAGGUGGGAAAGAGUGUGAGAGUGAGUGCUUUUGCACUGUUGAAGUCGAGACGACGGUGAGAGAGUUGGAAAGGGGAAACCACGGGUGGCAGUGCCAUCGUUAUCGAGGGCCCUCUAUACUUCUUACAGUGGCCCUGCAACAGCGGCGAGAAAAGAUCUGGGACGAAGGAGUCAAGCAUCCAUAUCACCAACAUCAUACAUCCGUAUCAGCAAAUCUCUUCCGUCAUGAGUUCCUCAACCCCGUAUUCGGUGGUAGACUCAGAAGCCGCAUCGAACCAUAGGAAAGGCUCUCAGACUCCGAGGGUGCAAUCUCCUGAUCUCGAUGAGACGCCCGAUAGUGUUCAUGACAGUGGACAUGAGGGUAUUGGAGAGAGGGAAAUGGAAAGAAGAUUAGUGAGGAUGGUGGAUUUGAGACUCUGUACCAUUGCGGGGAUUCUUUGUAGUCUUAACCUGCUGGAUAGCGGGAUUAUCUCUUCGGCUAGUGUGACGAGUAUUUUUGCGUAUUUGGGGCUCGGGGUGGGUGAUCGUUAUGUGAGUUUGUGUUGGGAGCUUGGUUGGGAGGGAGAAUUUUGCUAAUGGGUUUUGUGCGUAGUCGGUGGCUAUUCUGGUGUAUACUGUUGCGUCGGUUACUUUCCAACUGCCUGCUACCAUCGCGGUGAGGUUCUUGGGGCCGAGAUUGAUGUUCUCGUUUAUUACUGUUGGCUUUGGGGUUAUUACUAUGGUAUGUUACUUUUCACUUUUUUCUUGUUUGGGUGGAGCUGAGACAAGAAAAGUGCACCGCUUUCAUCAAUACCUGGCAGCAAAUGGUUGGUCUGAGAAUCUUACUCGGGAUUAUGCAAAGUGCCAUCUUCCCUGGGUUGAGCUACUUGAUUAGUACUUGGUACACCAGGAAAGAACAGCAGUUGAGAUUUGCCUUUUUGCAAAGUGGAGAGGUGACUGUUGUAGGCUUGGGUGGAUUCCUCAAUUAUGGGUUGAACAAACUUGAUGGGAAGGCAGGUUUAGUAGGUUGGCGAUGGAUGUUUCUUGUUCAAGGAUUGAUUGCUAUCUGUAAGUUCUCUUCCGAAACAUCUUCUUCUUUACAUGGCUAAGUAGAGGAAGGCAUCGGUUUUCUUACCUACCUAUGGAUCGUCGACUUCCCCGAAAACUCCCACAAAAGCUUCCACUUCCUCACAGCCAGCGAACAAUCUUUCGCCGAAACCAGAAUCACUGAAGAUCGCGGAGACGUCAAGCCUGAUCCCUUCUCCAUCCCCAAAUGCGCGGUCCAUUUCCUCGACCCGAAACUGUACGGGUUCUGCACACUAUUCUUCUGCUUGAAUCUCGUUUCGACAUCGCUGUCGUACUUCCUACCUAUCAUUCUGCAAUCUGGCAUGUGCUUCUCGUCUGAUCAGGCGAUCUUGCUGAGUGCGCCGCCGUACUUUUAUGCGGUGCUUCCGGUGUUGGUUAGUAGUUUUGUCGGGGAUCGGUUUCAGUUGAGGGGCCCAGUUAUUGUUUUUAAUUGUGUGUGUACGAUUGUGGGCUUUGCGAUGUUGGGGUUUUCGGAAUUUGAUGCUGUGAGGUAUAUUGGGACUUAUCUUGCUACGGGGGGAUAUGUUAGUAACGUGAGUUUUCUCAUUUCUUUUUUAUUACUCCCUUCUCAAAGUAUCCUUCAUUUCCAACCAGAGUGACUGUGGAUUAUUCCUUGAAAACAGAAGCUGACUCUCUUUCCACAGUGGGCAGCAAUGACCGCCUACCAAACCUCCAAUAUCGCAGGACAAUGGAAACGAGCCACCUUUGCUGCCUCCAUCACCGCUUGCAACGGACUUGGAGGGAUUGCUGGGAGCUUCAUCGUCAGACAACUGGAAGCACCGCGUUACAUGACGGCGAUUUGGAUCAGUAUUGGUUCUCAUAUCGUGAUUAUCGGUAUUGUUGCUGUGUUCUCCAUGUACUUCUGGUGGGCCAAUAGGGAUCAGAGGAGGGGGAAGAAGAUCCUGGAGGGAACGGUGGAUUUUAGAUAUACUUAUUGAAUGUGAUGAGGGCUUUCAUUGGGCGUUUGUAAAUUUUUUUUUUUUAAAAUGGGAUCUUCAUUGUUAUGGUUUUGUCGUUGCCAUACAUAUAUACUUUCUGGUUUUCGCUUGUGAAGCAAAGGUUGUGGCUGGCUGCAGGUGACAGGCGACGACUGGAUUGCAUAGCGUGAUAGACCAGAAAAGGGGCAGUAAAUAGCUGUACAAAUUUAGGUUCCUG